UGGGGUAUAAAGGCGGGUCAAUGCUCGCCAAGAGUCAGAGCGCAAACCUACGAGGUCGAGUCCGGUGGGCACCACCCAAAGAGCAGAGCCCGGGACGUCCAGAGCUCGGAGAGUAGUCCCCUUUCCGGCCGGGAGCAAUCCGUCUGGGUAGCUGGGGACCUAGGUGCCGCCAUCCUUGAGAAAGCAGCUGUCCAGAGAGCAAGCAUCCUAGAUCUGUAAGAAACCAGCCGUCCGAGAAGCCGCAGAUGUCAGGCGCCCGGGAACGUUAGGCUGAACAGGAGGGUAACAGAGGACCACGGGCUCUGAACCGUCGGGAGCUGCCCCUGGCCCAACUCACGCGGGGACCUCCGCCUUGACGGAAGGUUUGGGGAACGGCACCGCUGAGGCGGGAGCCUGCAGGGGCGGGGGGGCCGGGCGCAGCCGUCGGGGGGGUCCCGACCCAGGCCCGAGCCCGGCCACCGCCUCAGGGGCCCGCGAAGAGCCCCCGGCCUCCACCGCCAUUGCGCCCAAGAGUGAAGAGGAUCUUCUGGCCCUGGCCGCGUCGCGUCUGAGCCGCCGCAAGCGGGUGGUGGGCGCGGCCGUCGGGGUGGCCAUGGUGCUGCUGCUGCUGGUGGCUAUUCCGCUGCUGGUGCACAGCUCCCGCGGACCCGCGCACUAUGAGAUGCUGGGUCGCUGUCGCAUGGUGUGCGACCCGCAUGGACCGCGAGGCCCAGGACCCGACGGCGCGCCCGUCUCUGUGCCCCCAGUCCCGCCGGGUUCCAAAGGAGAGGUGGGCCGGCGCGGGAAGGCAGGUCUGCGAGGACCCCCGGGACCGCCAGGUCCCAGAGGGCCCCCAGGAGAGCCGGGCAGGCCAGGGCCCCCGGGUCCUCCCGGCCCCGGCCCUGGCGGGGUGGCGCCCCCUGCCGGCUACGUGCCUCGCAUUGCCUUCUACGCGGGCCUGCGGCGGCCACACGAGGGUUAUGAGGUGCUGCGCUUCGACGACGUGGUGACUAACGUGGGCAACGCUUAUGAGGCGGCCAGCGGGAAGUUCACCUGCCCCAUGCCGGGUGUCUAUUUCUUCGCUUACCAUGUGCUUAUGCGCGGCGGCGACGGAACCAGCAUGUGGGCCGAUCUGAUGAAAAAUGGACAGGUCCGGGCCAGCGCCAUUGCCCAGGACGCAGACCAGAACUACGACUACGCCAGCAACAGCGUCAUCCUGCACCUGGAUGUGGGCGAUGAAGUCUUCAUCAAGCUGGACGGCGGGAAGGUGCACGGAGGGAACACCAACAAGUAUAGCACUUUCUCUGGCUUCAUCAUCUACCCGGACUGAGCCGGGCCCCAUCCCCUACUCGUUUGACCCCCAGCCCCCAUCCUGCUCGCUCUUCGCCUCCACUCCCCUCCUCACCCACCUGCAGCCGGCACCACCCAAAGCACCACCCCAUUCUUUGAGAGCCUGGCGAUGGGGCGGGCCCUCUCGCUCCUGGAGGCGGCCUUAAUGGGCGGCGGACUGUUGGUGCUCCCGAGUACAAGUGGCUGGGGAGCCGAGGAGGCCAGGCGGGAGGAGGAGGAGGAGCAGAACAGUUUGGGAAGGGACCACCCUCAUCCGUGCGCGCGGGGCCUGUGAAUGCCGGUCCGAGAGGGGCGGGGGUCGUGACCCUCUCUUCUGCCAGAAGCUGGGGAAAUACCAUUUUGGGAAGGAGAGAACAGAAACAGAAGGAGACCAUCUAGGCGGGAGGAGACAUUAGGACGCGGUAGGCACUGGUCCUCUGUCAUGACAACUUUCUCUCACCAUCCCCUCCUCCCCUCAUCUCCAUUUUCAGGCUCCAGGCUCAGGCCUUGGCAGCCUUCCUAUGAACUGGAGGAACCAGUGAAUUCUUUCCUAGUAUUUAAAACUCA